AACCCGCUAACUUUGGAUUUCUUUCAGGCAUAUCUCCCCAAACCCCAUGCCGAUUGUUUGUAUAGCAGACGAAGAUCCCUCAUUAAUAUGCCAGCCAAACCACCUCACAUCCAGGGACAAAGAGUCCGAUUGCCAACACGAUGGCCCAAGAGUCCAGACAGAGCCAUCAAACAGUGCAGCAAACUUCUCUGAUUCCAUCUCCAUCCCUACAAUAUUCCGUAUGAUUCUGAUCCCAUUACCACUAUAAAAGGGCAGUCAAAAUAAUUUCCGGCACCACGGCUGGACAACACUUCCCCAACUCUGCUUCGCGCGCAUCAAUCAUCUCGCGAAACUUCCUCUCUCGCAUCCCUCUCUCAACUCAGCAAAAUGUCCCUAACAGGCAUCAUCUGCACUGCCCGCAUCCCCCUCUCCACCCUAGCCACAAUCCUCACAACCGCCUAUGCCAAAAACCCCAACUACAACCCCACCCUCGUCAUCCUGGCCAGCGAUACCUGUCUCACCUUACAAACCCUCCAGUCCCUAUCCUCAGACCCACCCUCACCCGAACCAUUCAUCUCCCCCUUCCUCGGCAUGUCCAACGAGUCAGCCGUCUUCGCACUCCGAAAGAUCGCUCGCGAGACAGCCGUCCAGACGGACCGGUUCUUCGUUGCGGAUGAGCGGACCAUACGCGACGGCACGCUGUUGUUGGUCGAUACGGAUCGCGAUGAGAGGGGGGAGUUGAGGACGGUGAGGGUCGCGGGGGAGGAGGCGAACGUUGAGGCGGUUUGUAGAGGGGGUGGGGGGAGGAGUGUGGCGGAUGUUGUGGUGGCUAUGGGAGGUUGA